AUGUUUGUCAGCCGAAAUGCAGAUAUCCUGAAUCGGAAGAGAGGAGCUGGCUACUGGCUGUGGAAACCAUUUAUUCUCUUGCAAGAACUUUAUUUAGCACAAGAUGGAGAUAUUAUUGUAUAUUCAGAUGCGGCUGUCAAUUUCAUCAAUAAUGUUUCUUAUCUCACACAGCUCACAUCCAAUCAGGAUAUUGUUCUUUUCAAACUGACGGGUUGGAAAGAAUCAGCUUUAACAAAGCGUGAUGCAUUGAUCAUUCUCAACGCUGAUAAACCAGAAUAUACCACAACACUGGCUGCUCUUGCUUCUUUCGUUGUGGUCAAAAGAAGUUUUACUAGUCUGCGAUUCGUAUCUGAAUGGUUGACCUAUGCGCAAGAUAGUCGAGUGGUAACGGAUGACGCAAAUGUGUUAGGAUCACCGAACUAUCCCGGAUUUCACGAUCAUCGUCAUGAUCAAUCUAUUUUGAGUCUGCUUGCGAAGAAAUGGAAACUCACUGUUUAUGCAGAUCCGAGCCAAUGGGGAGGAGGAGCGCAACGGCCAUAUCCGACUAUUUUCGAUCAUCAUCGAUCAAAGCAUUAA